UUAAAGUAUUGAAAGAUUCCGUGUGCGUUUGUACGUCUCACCUACUCUCGUUUUCGAAUAACUUUUAAGUUAGAAGCGCUAGCGGACUCUGGCUGGGGGGCGGGCCGAGGUGCAGCCUGUAAUGUGAUAGCAGCUCCGCUCUGAAAUCUGGUACACACACGCACACACACACACACCCAUACACACACACGCCGCUGCAGCGCUGCGCGCAGAGCCGGAGCAGGAGGACAGCGUGCCGGAGACGCUGUGAUCCGCAGAGCACGCAUGCCCCACGGCUGGUGCCUGACGCCGGGCGAACUUGAAGCCACAUUCAGCCCACGGAGGAUCGGCGUGCAGCGGUUCCGCACGGCCGCCUCUUAGCUUGUCAUUUUGUUGCACAUAAAUCGGAGCGACUUGAAAAGCAGGGGAGAGAGAGAGAGAGAGAGGAGACGCGGAAACAUCGCAUGUCAGUGGAUUCAGAAGUAACCAAAACGCACGAUUCAGGCAUCAGAGGAGCGACACCGCCAGCGCUGCGGAGCCGCACGGAUCUGCGGCGUUUUCAAAGCGCUUCGGUUACGCGUGAAUAGAAAACGGAGCUUCACUCCCAUCUCUGCUGGUGAUUUUCAGCAACUCGGCGAUUCACUAGUCACUAGUGUUUCACGUGGAUUAAGAAAAAGAAAGCUGGACUGAAAUAGAAGCGCAUUCAGAUGCGUCUACAGAAGUGAAGAUAAAGGUGAGAGAGUGAGAGAGCGGACUGGUGUGCGCUGAGAGCCCGGGGCUGAUCGAGGUCUUUUUUGGAGGAUAAGUGAGCCGAUCGGAAAGGAAAACAUCUGUUUUAGUGCCACUAGGAGACAGGAGAAGGAAAGGGUGAGGAUCCCCAGCAAAGAUGGAUCUAUAUACCACACGGGCUGGAUUUCUAUUACUUCUGUCUUUAAUGUCUACAGCGCAGGGAAAUGAAGGUGGUGGAUGUGGCGGUCAGCUGGAUGCUAGCGAUGCCGGCUACAUCACAUCCCCCGGCUACCCCCUCGAGUACCCGGCCCACCAGAACUGCCUCUGGGUGAUCACAGCCCCUGAGCCCUCACAGCGGAUCGUUCUCAACUUCAACCCCCACUUUGAGCUGGAGAAGCUGGACUGCAGGUACGACUUCAUUGAGAUACGUGAUGGGAAUUCGGAGUCUGCUGACCUGCUGGGGAAGCACUGUAGCAACAUCGCCCCGCCCCCCAUCGUAUCCUCUGGGCCCGUGCUGCACAUCAAGUUCGUCUCCGACUACGCCCACCAGGGGGCGGGCUUCUCGCUGCGCUACGAGAUCCUGCGCACAGGUUCAGACUUCUGCUCUCGGAACUUCACCAGCCAGUCCGGCGUGAUUGAAUCGCCAGGGUUCCCCGACAAGUACCCCCACAACCUGGAGUGCAACUUCAUAAUCAUUGCCCCUCCGCGCAUGGACAUAAUCCUCACCUUCCUGACCUUUGACCUGGAAAACGAUCCCCUGAUAAUCGGCGAGUCGGACUGCAAGUAUGACUGGCUGGAGUUGUGGGACGGCCUGCCACAAGUGGGGCCAAUGAUCGGACGUUACUGUGGCACCAAGCCCCCACCCGAGAUCCACUCAUCCACGGGCCUGCUGUCGCUCACCUUCCACACGGACAUGGCGGUAGCGAAGGAUGGCUUCUCGGCUCGAUACAACAUGACGCAAAAGCAAAUCAGCAACAGUUUCCACUGCAGCACUCCUUUCGGCAUGGAGUCCAAGAAGAUCUCGGACGAGCAGAUAACCGCCUCUUCGUCCUACAUGGAUGGGCGCUGGUCACCCCGCCAGGCGCGUCUCAACAAUGAUGACAAUGCCUGGACGCCCAGCGAAGACAGCAACAAAGAGUACAUCCAGGUGGACCUGAAUUUCCUGAAAGUGCUGACCGGCAUCGCCAGCCAGGGCGCCAUCUCCAAGCAAACGCAGACCUCCUACUUUGUUACCACCUUCAAGCUGGAGGUCAGCACCAACGGCGAGGACUGGAUGAUGUAUCGCCACGGGAAAAACCACAAGAUCUUUCACGCCAACACGGACCCCACAGAGGUGGUCCUGAACCGCAUCCCACAGCCCGUCUUGGCUCGAUUUGUCCGCAUCCGGCCACAGAGCUGGCAGAAUGGGAUCGCACUACGCUUCGAGCUCUACGGCUGCCAGAUCACAGACGCCCCCUGCUCGGAGAUGCAGGGCAUGCUCUCCGGCCUGCUCCCCGAGGCCCAGAUCUCCGCCUCCUCCACACGGGACCUCCACUGGAACCCCGGUGAGGCCCGGCUGGUGGGCAGCCGUUCCGGCUGGUUCCCGAGCUCCACCCAGCCGCCAGCGGGACAGGAGUGGCUGCAGGUGGACCUGGGCUCCCCCCGUAGGGUGCACGGCAUCAUCACGCAGGGGGCGCGUGGCGGCGACGGCGGCUCCAGUGCAGAGAACCGAGCCUUCGUGCGGAAGUACCGGGUAGCUCAUAGCCUGACCGGCAGGGACUGGACCUUCGUCAUGGACACCAAGACCAGCCAGCCCAAGAUCUUCGAAGGGAACACCCACUACGACGCCCCAGAAGUGCGCCGCUUUGAGGAGAUUCCUGCCCAAUUUGUCCGCAUCUACCCUGAGAAAUGGUCCCCGGCGGGUAUCGGGAUGAGGAUGGAGGUGCUGGGCUGCGAGCUGCAAGAAACCACUUCACUGGCCAGCAGUAUUACGCCCACAUCACCCGUUCCUGCAGAGAGUGGCACGACACAGAGAGUGGUGUCUGCUCCGACCACUACCCCCUCCUCACUGGGUGACGUGUGUAACUUCGAGAGAGGUCUGUGCGGCUGGACUCACGACCCAUCGUCUGGCCUGAACUGGUCCCAGCGUGGUACCGGAGGCAGGGAUCACCUUGCAGGCUCUGACGAAUCUGGGAGUUACCUGUCCGUGGAGGCCAGCCCCAAGACAGCAGGCCAGCGGGCCCGACUGCAGAGUCCCGAAGUGGGGCCCGAGCGUGGCCCCUUCUGCCUGCUCUUCUCCUAUCAGCUGCAAGGGGAGGGCGUGGGCAGCCUGCGCGUGCUGCUCCGUGCCGCCGAUGGCGACGAGACGCAGCUGUGGGUGCUGCAGGGAGACCAGGGGCACGCUUGGAAACAAGGCAGAGUCACCCUGCCCCGCUCGCCCAGGCAAUACCAGGUCAUCAUGGAGGGAGCCCUAGACUACGCAAACAGGGGGCACAUCUGGAUUGAUAACAUCCACAUGAGCUCCGGCACGCCCCUGGACGAGUGCAGCCAGCCGUUCGAGGCCUUCCCCGCUGAUGUGCCCGGUCGGAGGCCCGUAUACAUAGAGAAGGAGCGGCCUUUCGUCAUUGGUCACACCGAAGCAGACCCCCUGUUCCUGGGGUGGAGCACGCCGGGCCCCACGUUGGAGCCCCCGGUGACUCGCGUCCUGGAUAAGGACAGCGCCUGGCUGUACACGCUGGACCCCAUCCUGCUCACCAUCAUCGUGAUGAGCUCGCUGGGCGUGCUGCUGGGCGCCGUCUGCGCCGGCCUCCUCCUCUACUGCUCCUGCUCCUACGGGGGCCUGGGCUCCCGCGGCUCCACCACGCUGGAGAACUACAACUUCGAGCUCUACGACGGCAUCAAGCACAAGGUCAAGCUCAACCAGCAGAGAUGCUGCUCCGAGGCCUGAGGACAGGGGUGGGGGCAUCGUGGGGGAGGGGAGUGCCGGUCCCUGCACAGCCCCCCCCCACCAUGUUCAUUCACCAGAAACUCACCCCUCUUUUCCAUUCUCAGUUGGCUGGGGGGGGGGGUGGUCACAAGGAAACCAUGUCGCUCUGAGUCACCUGCUACUGAAAUGGAUCCGACUGUGCAGAAUCAGAACCACAGGACCCAGAGGGGAGCCCGCUCUUUGGAUGCUGAAAAAAAUAUACAAAACAUAUCAACUUUGAAUGCCUAUCCAAAAAAGAAAUAUAUAUAUAUAAAUAUAAAUAUAGAUUUUUAAAGAUUGACUUUUUAAGCAGGUGGAUGACCUUAGAAACCUGUGCGGAGGGGUGGGAUCUCGGUCAGCUCCGUGUUUUUAGACACUCUCCUGUUUUAGACCCGUGUCUUGGCGAUGUUCUUCGUUCCGUUUUCCCUGUUAUCCGAGCCACUUUGAGACGUAAUUGUUCUGUGACGACCGCCGCGGCCAAUUCGCUUUCUUACGUUUCGGUCUUAUUGCAGCUUGUGAUGUUUUUGUUCCACAUUGUUGCCCGUUGGGGGAGGGAGGGGUGGGAUUCUGUCUUAUUAAAGGGGAGCACUCCGGCUGUGUGUUAGGCUUAGCGUAAGGACUGUCUUAUGGGGGGGGGGGUCCCUUCUAGAAAGGACUGUUUUUUUUUUUUUUUUAAAUGCGUCAUGUACCGGCAACGUUUACUUCAUUGCAACCUAUGGAUUGCUGACGGCGGGACAUGCCAGGAGGAUUGUGGGCCGCGUGGCCGCCAGUGGCUCAAGGGAAGAGACGGGUUACGACCCCCCAAGAAUUCUGGUCACCACCCCCCUUGAAGAUGAGGGCAGCGGAGGGAUGAAAGCCAGUUUUUUGGACACACUUAGGAGCCUUAAGCUAACUGUGUUUGGAGGAGAGCCAUCACGAAGCACCACAUCCUGGAUUAAAGACAAAAUGGAAACUACCGCUGGCCGUGCAGAUGCCGCCGCAUCCUGUCCACACCAGCCGGUUCAGCCCUGUGACAGCGUCCGUCACGGGGGAGAGCGCAUACCCGUCCACCAUCACCAAGGCAAGUAGGCCUCGGUGCACCUACACGGUCACGUCCGUGAUUGGCUGAUCGUGGUGGGCGAUGGGGAUAGAGUCGUGCUUCUGCCCCCUGCUGGUUUCAGCAGACUCUUUUCCAAGUGCCUUGGAUUUCACUUGACUCGGUUCCCACUGAGCUGAGAUAGUAUUACCUCUUCUGUCUGGGACAGGGGGCACGGACAAAAUAAGCAAGGAAGGAAGGAUGGGAAGAAGCUUCCGGCACUGGUCAGAUGCUCAGUCGAUGUUUGUAGACUUUGUACAGAAAUGUCUUUUUUAAUUAUUAUUAUAAUUAUUGUUAUUAUUUAAUAAAGCGUUGGUAACACAUAAAA